AUGCGCGCGCCAAAGUUUUGUAACAGCAAUGGCGUCCAAAGCAGGUCGUGGUGGGAAGAAGCGCAAAGCAGAAGUUCAAGCAGAGGAGGAGAAACCCUCAGUGGAGGAAAAGAAGGGCAGAGGAGAGGAUGAAAGCAGCCAGGAAGGCCUCAGGGUGGUCAUUGAACACUGUAAAAGCUGACGAGUGUACGGGCGUAAUGCUGAGGAGGUGAAAUCCGCCCUCCUGGCUGCCCACCCUGAACUGACUGUGGUCCUCAACCCUGGGAAACCUCGCAGGAACAGCUUCGAGAUCACUCUGCUGGACGGAGGCAAAGAAACAUCUCUGUGGACUGGAAUAAAGAAAGGCCCACCUCGUAAGCUGAAGUUUCCACAGCCUGAUGUGGUAGUUUCUGCUCUGCAAGAGGUUCUGAAGGCUUAGACACCAAGUGAAGCCCAACAUUCAGGAGAUGCAGCCAGUGGAAGCAAAAAUGAUGAGAAGUGACCAAGGAGAUGUUCUCAGUCCCUCCUCUGAUGAGCCAUGCUCUAACUGCUGCCAUCUUCUGGGUGCAUGGUGACACCUAGUGGAGCUUAGUCGAGCCAAAGCAUUUCUCUGGCACAUUACUGCUGUUUACUGUUGUGUUUCACAAACGUUCAGUUGUUGUUUUAUGUCUGUUUUGUUUUUGGGGUUUUUUGAUAAAUAAAAUC